AUGAACGACAACAAGCCCAAGAGUAACAAUGUGAAUGAUAUCAAUGCCUUACUAGCUUUUGAUAAAGCGCACAUAUGGCAUCCAUACUCAUCUAUGAAUAGCAACCAGAUCAUCUUGCCGGUUCUACGUGCCAAGGGGUGCAAGCUUACACUUGCUGAUGAACAAGAGACGCAGUUAAUAGACGGAAUAUCAUCUUGGUGGUGCAUGAUUCAUGGUUAUAGUGACGAAAGAAUGAACGAAGCAUUGAAAACUCAAAUUGACGAUUUUUCUCAUGUUAUGUUUGGUGGCCUCACCCAUUUGCCCGCUAUUAGACUUGUCCAGAAUCUCCUAAAAUUUAUUGAUCAUCCUCAAUUGGAUGCCGUGUUCUUUGCAGACUCCGCUUCUGUAGCAGUCGAAGUGUCCCUGAAGAUGGCCUUACAGUAUCAGUUCUCAUUGAAUUGUCCAAAGAAGAAAAAAUUCAUAAGUUUAAAACUAGGGUAUCAUGGUGGAACAAUGGGUGCAAUGAGUGUUUGUGACCCAGUUAACUCGAUGCAUCAUUUUUUAUUCAGCGACUAUGUUCCUCAGAACAUUUUUGUUACUGAACCACCUAUGGUUGACAUGUUAUGUACUUCUUCUUUGUAUGGUUCUUUUCAACUAGGUGAUAAUUACGAUGAUGAGACUAACAGAAAGGCAAUAAAAGAUAUGGAAGAGACUAUGAACUCCUGUCAUGAGGAGAUAUGUGCCGUGAUACUAGAACCAAUCCUACAGGGUGCCGGUGGAAUGAGGUUGUAUCACCCUAAGUAUUUGAUCGAGCUGAAGAAACUCUGUUUGAAAUUUGACAUCCCGCUGAUAUUCGACGAAAUUGCAACCGGGUUUGGCAGAACAGGCGAAGCGUUUGCCUUUAAGCAUUGUGAUGUAUAUCAGAAAAUGAUAGGAACUCCCGCCUCUGAAAUAGUGGAUGUAUUUCCAGAUAUUCUUUGCGUUGGAAAAGCUCUCACUGGUGGCUAUAUGACAAUGAGUGCUGUGAUCACCUCAAAACGCAUUGCCAAUGUCAUCUCCGCGAAAGACACUGCGACCAAAGGGACUUUCAUGCAUGGCCCAACUUUCAUGGCUAACCCUCUUGCCUGUGCAGCGGCCAAUGCGUCACUAGAUAUCCUAAUGGAGGGAAAUUGGAAAGACAUGGUGGCUCGGAUUGAAGCGCAGUUGUACCGAGAGCUCUACGUCGAGCUUCGUAAUAGCCAUCUAUACGGAAAACUGAUUAAAAAUCUUAGGGUUGUUGGUGCAGCAGGCGUAAUAGAGCUUUUCGAACCAAUUGAUGGGGCUUUUGUCCAGAAAAGGCAAGUAAUCAAGGGUAUCUUCAUAAGGCCCUUUGGAAAGUUAGUUUACAUUAUGCCACCGUAUAUAAUAUCGGGAGAAGAACUCACUAUUCUGACAACAGGUAUUAAGCAGCUGCUUUUGGAGUGGAGUGCUUACAAAAUAGGGAAUUACUGA